AUGGAAAGCCAGCCAGUUGCGACGAAUAAGGGCCUUGCUGCCGAUAGCCCCAAGUACAGCGAAGACCUCGAGCAUGCUGCUACUCAUGGCACAUAUCUCGACAAGGAGGAAGCAUCUCACCUCUCUGAAGAGCAUCGCCAAUACCUACUCCAGCGUCAUGGCACACUUGAUCUCGACCCUCUGCCUACCAUGGGGACUGCUGACCCGUACAAUUGGCCUCAGUGGAAGAAAAUUAUGAAUGUCCUUUUCGUAGCUUUCCACGCCAUGAUGUGUGCAUUCCCCGCAUCUGCCAUUAUCCCAGCCUACGAGGAAAUAUCCCAGGACCUGGGUGUCAGUAUCCAAAAAGCAUCGUACCUUACUUCCCUACAAAUUGCCAUCUUAGGCGGUGGACCGUUAUUCUGGCGACCUCUCUCAACACGAUAUGGUCGGCGACCCAUCUUCAUCAUCUCACUGGUUGGAAGUCUAGUCUUCAACAUUGGCUGUGCCAAAAGCCGAACCUACGCUGCAAUGGCAACGUGCCGCGCGCUCCAAUCUUUCUUCAUUUGUCCACCCAACGCCAUCGGCAGCGCCGUCGUAGUCGAAACUUUCUUCCGUAAAGAGCGAGCAAAAUUCAUGGGCAUGUGGACCGUCAUGAUCACUCUGGGCAUACCACUUGCACCCCUCAUCUUCGGCUUCGUAACAUACAACGCGGGCUACCGGUGGAUCUACUGGAUCCUCGCCAUCAUCAACGGCGUCCAACUCAUCCUCUACUCCCUCUUUGGCCCCGAAACACGCUUCAUGCGGCACGACAAGGCGCAGCACGCGCAAUCCGGCCUCGCCGCCUACAAAGAAGUGUACCUAAAAUUCCGCCGCAUCGAUCCCACGCCCAUGAGCCUAUACGAAUUCAUAUCUCCCCUCCGCCUUUUUGCCUACCCCUGCAUCGUCAUCCCCGCCUGUGCAUACGCCAUGGUCUUCCUCUUCGCCUCCGUCCUCACCACCGUCGAAAUCCCCCAACUCUUCAUGGAAAAAUUCCACCUAAAUGCCCAGCAGCUCGGCCUCCAGUUCCUCGGCACCAUAGUCGGGACCGCGCUCGGCGAGCAAAUAGGAGGCCACUCCAGCGACCGCUGGAUGCGCUGGCGAGCAAGCAAAACCGCGCCUUUACGACCUGCCCCCGAGUUCCGGCUCUGGCUCUCGUACAUUGGGAUUCUGUUGACUAUCUGCGGCAUCACUGUUUUCCUGGUGCGCAUCGAGCAGGCGGCCCCACUGCAGUGGAACGUCACGCCCAUUGUCGGUGCGGGUAUAGCCGCGGCUGGGAACCAGAUUGUGACCACGGUGCUGAUGACGUAUGCGGUCGAUUGCUAUCCCGAAGAGGCUGGUAGUAUUGGCGUCUUCAUCACCUUCGUGCGGCAGAUGUGGGGCUUUUUGGGCCCGUUUUGGUUCCCGGAUAUGUUUGACAAGGUUGGUGUUGCGCAGAGUGCGGGUGUGGCGGCGGCGCUGUUGGUUGGGGCGAGUUUGGUGCCUGUUGUGGUUACGCAUUGGAAGGGGUUUAGUAGCAGGGGAAGUAUGGUGGAGAGAGGUUGA